AUGGGAGAGUGGGAUACCCCGCUAUUUGGUUGCUUCGGCAACCUUGGGAUGUGUGUCUUCAGUUGGUUCGUUCCUUGCUACACUCACGGCAAGACGGCUGAGGCUGUUGGUACUGGCGGCUGCCUACCCUGCGCUCUGGUCAUCUGGAUCCUGCCAUGUUACACUCACGGCAAGACGGCAGAGUUACUGGGUGAGGAUUGCAUGAAGUGCGGUCUAGUUUUCCUGGUGCCUUGCUACAACUUCUACAACUUGGCCAAGAUACGAGAGCGGGUGCGAGCCAGGAGUAACAUCUCCGGAUCCUUCAAAAAUGAUUGCUUGCUAUCCGUGUUCUGUCCACCCUGUGUGAUCAUCCAGCACGCUCAUCAGAUGGGGACGGUGACGCCGCUGGGGGGCGGUCAGCCCAUGGCGAGAGCAUAA